CUCAGUCAGCAAAUUUGGGCAAUUUUUGGAAGCCUUAGUAAAAAUUAAAAAAAAAAUUCUUUAGUUCUAAAAUUGAUUUCGCUAUCAACCGACCGCAAAGAAGUCGCGCAUAAAACUCUUGAAGACACCGGCUGCCAUUGCGUGGAUAAUCCAAGGAAGCCGAGGCAGAAGCCAAACGAUAGACAAAGGGAUCCCCAACGAGAUGAUGAACUUAAGCAACGUAGAACUUGGCUCAUUCCGCGGUGCCCAGGAAUGUGACCAGGCAUCCGCAUUUGGCGGCGACUUCGACUUUGGCCAUUCCUGCUUCACCCACUACGGCUGUCCAAGCGACAUGAGUGACAAAACCGGCCGAGGACGGAGUAACCCCUCCACCAGCCGGAUUCCUCGCAGCGCACAAAGUCCGCGCCAAGCCUCAGUGGUCCACUCGCCCAGGACAAACUGUGCCUUUCGCCCGAUUUUUCACGAGAGGAGCACUCACGAGGACGACCAGGUGCUCACCCAAGAACUAUGGAAGCUGGCGCGUAAAUCGGGCACCCUGAAUCUUUCCAACAAAGCAUUGGCCAGAGUGGUGACCCAGGAGCAGCUGCGUCGUUGGAAGUCCAUGGUCCCACCAAAAACAAGUCAGCCGGUCAGUGAUCAAUGGAGCCCCGGCCUCGUUGACAGCAGCGCCUUGUGGUUCCAGUUCAUGUGAGGCAAAAGCGAUUUCGAUCUCGAACUUGACCCUGGAGAAUCCCAAAAAUGGAGCGAAGCAUAUUUGCCGCUUCACUGACCAGUAUGCGGGGCUCGUAAUGAUCCAUAAAGGUGCUCCAGGGGUGCGUCCCCAGAUCAGUCAUCGCUUGAUUCAGUCUACCCACUGAGCUGAGCGCCAUCGGUUGUGUGACUCUACCGAAGCAUCUCCCAAGAUUGCGUCCUCCAGGAAACAGCUCACUUCGUUCUGCAUGUGCGGUCCUUAUCCGCGGAGGCGUCGCUACUACCAGAUUCGCGAAUUCCAGAUGGCCUCCUCGGCGGACGAGCUGGAAAGCGAGGAUCCGGACGAUGAGCUGGAACUGGACGAUUCCGAACCUCCAACCCGCGCUGAAGACUUGCCCAAGCGACUGUACGACAUUAACGAGGCGGAUGCGGACAGCAAGGCCGUAAAUCUAGAGCAGCUAACGAUUAAAGAGGAGGAUGCCUGGUGGAACCAAGUGCCAUUGAACAACCUGGACCUGAGCUCAAACACCUUAACGCACAUAUCGCCAAAGAUCGAGAAUCUGCAAUCACUUACCGUGCUUACGCUGCACGAUAAUGCUUUGGUGGAGUUACCACCGGAGAUCGGCAAGCUGGAAAAGCUAGUGCGCCUUAAUGUGAGCCACAACAAACUCAGCCAGCUGCCGCGUGCGAUGUACAGUCUACCGGAGCUGCGGCACCUCAACAUCUCGUACAACGAGUUCGUCGAACUUAAUCCGGACAUCAGUGACCUUCACAUGCUUGAGUUUUUGGACGGUGGGCAUAACAAUAUUCAAUCCCUGCCCGGUGGCAUUGGGUUCCUGGUGCGUCUAACUGCGCUCUUGUUGCCCUAUAAUCACAUCAAGGAACUGCCGCCCGAUCUUGUUAACAUGCGCUCUUUGCAAAAGAUUGAUCUGAUGCAUAAUGAUCUGACCAGCUUGCCGGAGGAUAUGGGCCUUUUGAGAAAGCUGGAUUGCCUUUAUCUGCAGCAUAACGACAUACUGGAACUGCCCGAGUUCGAGGGAAACGAGGCCUUGAACGAGCUACAUGCCAGCAAUAAUUUCAUCAAGAUCAUACCAAAAGCUAUGUGUAGUAACUUGCCACACCUGAAGAUACUGGAUUUGCGGGACAAUAAGAUCACGGAGCUGCCCGACGAGCUGUGCCUGCUGCGCAAUCUAAACCGUCUCGAUGUGUCCAAUAAUACGAUCAGCGUGCUGCCAGUCACAUUGUCCUCCUUGGCUCAUCUGAUUAGCCUGCAGGUGGAGGGAAAUCCCAUAAAGACAAUCAGACGCGACAUCCUACAGUGUGGAACAACGAGGAUCUUAAAGACUCUGCACGAUAGAGCUGUGGCGAAGGCCAAGGAGGAGGGAGGUGGCGUCGACGACGCUUCCACGUCAGCGGGCAUCAGUGUUACCCGUUUGCGUGGUGGCCAAAUGGACGAUGGUGAUAUACCCGGAAACUUUCCGGAUAGCUUUCACCACCAGCAACAGCAGAACGGAUUCCAAUGUCCUUGUUCAUAUCCAUGUCAGCAGCAGCAAAUGCAGCAGCAGUUUUGUGUGUAUGAGCCGCUCAGAAACUGUCAGGAAUAUGAUCGCCAGACCCAAGGGCGCAUAUAUGAGCCCGAAAACUACCAACAGCAACAUCAGAAUGGCAGCUUGAGAUCACUUUUUGUGCAACAGCAGCAGCAGCGAAUGGAGUAUCCCUAUCCAGGAUACUUUAUGUACCAACAGCAGCAGCAACAGCAGUUCUCCUAUGAGCAAGAUCCAUCCUCUCGCUCAGCUGUCCAUCCACGUUGGGUGUAGUAUACAAACUACGACAUACACGUACAUUAGCUGUCAAUCUGGAGGAGCUCACGUCAGUGCCUGACCAGGUGUUCCAGAUCGCCAGGGAUGAGGGUGUGCAUGUGGUGGACUUUGCGCGCAACCAGCUGAGCACUUUGCCCAAUGGACUGCAGCACAUGAAAGAUUUAGUUACGGAACUAGUUUUAUCCAACAAUGUCAUCGGCUAUGUGCCACAGUUCAUCUCCCAGUUUACACGUAUAUCUUUCUUGAAUUUGUCCAACAAUCUGUUGAAUGACCUGCCCACGGAGUUUGGUGUCUUGAAUACACUGCGUGAACUAAACAUUGCAAACAAUCGCUUUCCGUGUAUUCCCAACUGUGUGUACGAGCUGCAAGGCCUGGAGAUCCUCAUUGCCAGUGAGAACCACAUAAAAAUGUUAAAUGUAUCGGGUCUGCAGAACAUGCGACGUUUGAGCACAUUGGAUUUGCGCAAUAACGACAUCGAGACAGUGCCACCAAUUUUGGGGAACCUGACAAACAUAACUCACUUGGAGCUGGUGGGCAAUCCAUUUCGACAGCCCCGCCACCAAAUCCUGAUGAAGGGCACUGACGCCAUCAUGUCGUAUUUGCGCGAUCGCAUACCCACAUAGAAGAGCAAUUCACACCGUUUUUUGAGAAACACUUCACUAGCAAUAUGUUUAUUUUGAGGAAUAGCGUAAUGGAAAUUGAUAGAUCCGCUCGACCAUGCCCACAAACAAUCAAUCUAUGGAUUGGCUGUUUGUGGACAUGGAUGAGGGGUGGCGUUACAAGUACAACAUACGACACACACCGUGCAUCAACCAACCAAACUAGUCUGCAUGCCACAAUACCUAAUGCACGUUGUUAAUCCUGGCUGAGUAUCUGCAAUAAAUGGGAAUAGUAGGG